CUGUAUAUAAGUAUAUUGUCGAUAAAAUUUGUUCAAAAAUUUUACCUCGAAUCAGUAAUAAAAUAACCAAACUCACUGUUGAUCCAUGUUCUCUAAAACGUAUUCUGAAUACGUUUGAUUAUCCUCAACUAUAUUCAGUAUCAUUGGUCUAUUAUCAAACAGAUACAAUUUCACGACAAUUAUUAAGUAUGAUCAAGAAUUGAAUUUAACUUUAUAAAUUACGAUAUUUUUUUAUAAUUUAUAUUUAAGAUGGUCCAAUAUCUCAUCUUCUUAUGAAUAAAAUUACACAUUUAACUAUAAAUCUUUAUCUUCAGAAAAAAAUUCCUACUGAAGAUGAACCAAUGAUAUUUGAAGCGAUAUUAUUUUUCGAUGAUUGUCUUUAUCUUCUUAAUGGACAUUUUCAAUCAUUAUCAAAGUUAAUUAUUCGUAUCAAGGAAAUUAAUCGUUCAUUAUCGAAUACAAAUAAUACAAAAAAACUUGUGAAAUUAAAAUCUUUUUCAUUAAUAUCAGAAUGGUAUACACGUUAUUAUGAUAAAUUGAUUGUUCCAUUACUUGGUCGUAUGUUAAAUCUUGAAGAAUUAUCUUUACAAAUUUCAAUACUAAGAAUACAAUCAACUUAUAUUGAUGGUAAUCAAUUAUAUGAUGAUAUUCUUAAGUAUAUGACACAAUUAAAAAAAUUUACUUUUAAUAUACAUACUCAUGUACUUAAUAAUAAUCCGAUUCGAUAA